ACCCACUUCGAACGCCUUUCAAACACGAACACAAUGUCUCUUCCUCCCGGCACCUAUCGUAUCACCCAGUGGGGGUCCCAUGCUCAGUCUCAGGUCUUGACCGUUGAAAACGGACUCGUCACCAUCCUUGCUCCUGGUGCAGCGCCUGAAAAGAACCAGGAGUGGCGAGUUGAGGUUCUAGAGGAUGGAAAAGUCGCCAUCCAGAACCCUGCUAACCGCUUUCCUUCUAGUUCCCUUUCCUAUGAAGGGGAAGCGGAGAGGGGCAAGAGGAUCAUUCCAGGGCCCGUUUCUGACUUUCCAACUCGUUUCUGGCGCGUUGAACCUGCACCGCAGCGGCCGUUGCCUGUACCUUACUUUAUUCGAGCUCUUGACAAAGAUCUCAUUCUCGCAGUUUCCCCCAUCCUGAUUUUUCCACCCAUACUCGCACUUGAGCCCCCUAACCUCGAUCUGAGGAAUGCAUGGGCGUUCGAACGCAUCCGCGAUUAAAGUGGUUUUUCGGUUGGGGAGGGGGUUAGGUUUCGACGCGUAGUAGCUUGAAGUCAUCUCUCGCUUGUACCGACAUUUCUGGAUCCCUAACAAAUCAAGACAAAUGUAUUUCGGCCCC